CGCAUGUUGAAUAUGGUUGUGUUGUAUAUCUCUGGCGACAACGGUAAAGUUCUGUGAAUUUUUUAUUUGUCAACAAGUCAGGUUGCAAAAAUAAGAAUGUCGCUUUACGAUGAUAUGGAUGCAAUCAAACAGAAGUCGGAACAAGUUGCCGGCUGGUCAUCUGGCAUAAAGUUACUGCAGUCCCAACUGCAGUUGAAGAAGGCUGUCCAAACGCAGCCAAGAAGAGAUGCUCUCCGCAAAUCAGGACAGAUACUUGCACCUGUCAUUGAUUUGAAAUCUAAAAAGGAUGAUGAAGAUUCAAAUUCUAAUUCCAGUUUUGGCAGUUAUUCAGGAAAGGAAGGAAAAGGCAAUAACUCAUCAAGAGACUUGGAUUGGAAUGUGGAAGGCGAAUAUGAUCCAAUGUGGCCAAAUGAUUAUGAAAAGGUGGUGAAAGAUUUGCGAGAAAUAAGAGAGAGGGAGAAAGAAAAGGAAGAGGAGGAAAAGAGAAGAAAAAAUAGAGAUGACAGAGAUAAACGAGGAAGAGACAGGUAUGAUAAUUCUGAUGAGAGAAGAUCAAAGCAGACGACUGGUUUUGCUGGACGCAGAGACAGUGAUGAAGAAGAAGAGGAGAAGCCAACCACACCACGUGUGGGAGGUGUUGCCAUUGCUCCUCCUCCCUCUCUUCAGGAACCAAGCCCAGCUCCUGCUGCACCUCCUGGGGCAGAUGGACAGAAGCUACCACAAGUUUCUGGUGAAAAAUAUGGAUUGUCAUUUGGAGGUUCUGUUGCAGCCAAAAUUAUGGCCAAAUAUGGUUUCAAAGAAGGUCAAGGCCUUGGAAAACAAGAACAAGGCAUCUCUAUGGCUUUACAAGUUGAGAAAACUAGUAAACGAGGGGGCCGUAUAAUAAGUGAAAAAGAAAUAAUGCCACCACCUCCACCAUCUGCAGGCUCACCAUCUUCUGCUUCUCAGUCAGCACCACAGGGCCAGCCAAAGCCUGAGCCAUCUAUUACGGAAAUCAUGAAGAGCCCAGCAAAAGUUGUGCUGCUCAGGAAUAUGGUUGGUCCAGGAGAAGUAGAUGAAGACCUGGAGCCUGAGGUUAAAGAUGAAUGUAACACAAAAUAUGGUGAUGUUGUUAAAGUUCUUAUUUAUGAACAACCAAGUGCUGCACAUGAUGAAGCUGUUAGAAUAUUUGUUGAAUUUAAACGGAUUGAAUCAGCUAUUAAAGCUGUAGUGGAUUUGAAUGGACGUUUCUUCGGUGGGCGACAAGUGAAAGCUGGUUUCUAUAGUUGGGAGAAAUUCAACAAUUUACAGUUGCUGGAUUAAGUGGGCUACAAGUGACUGCAGCAGAAGUGGCAUUUUAUCUGACAUACAGACUGAUGGCUGCAACUGUUGGAUCACCAGUAGCAGUCAGACUCCAUGCACAUUGCAGAUAGACAAAACUUGUAUAUACUGUGGAUGACUUUUGUGCUAGAAAUGGACUGUUUAGUCAAUUCUGUGAAAGACAGGAUGUUGACUGUGUAAAUUUAUUCAGGUGAUACUGAAUAGCCUGAGAUACUGUGAUGUUAAAAUAAACUGUGCUCAUAGUUAA